UCACAGUACCCCCGAUUUGAAAAUUCUGGAUACGCCACUGCUUCCCCCUCCACGCCCCUUGCCGGAAUCAGAAGAGCCACCGCAGCUAUUGCUUCGACACCAGGAUGAGGAGUUUGGAGCAUUUUCAGAAGCUACGAAGGUCCUUUUUUUCUGAACCUAGUCGACCCACAUGGUUGAAUUGCUGGAUCCGCCACUGAGCAUAUCUCAAAGGUUUUGUGUUUCUCGUCGAGAGUAUCUUUAGCUUUUGAGAGGAAUGGCUCGCCAACUUUGUUCCUCCAUCUUCAAACGGCCCACAACCACCUUUGUCUUCAUAAUUUUGCUCUGCAUUCUGGGAUUGUAUACCUUUGAUUCUCCUCUCAGCCACACAAAAAAGAUGACCCAAGAACCAACAAAAAAAAUCAUUCAUUUUCAUGAUACUUUUCUCUCUCUUUCUUCAAACUACACUGUUGCUGAAUACCUUCACUCUCUCACUAUCCACUCCCACCUUGCAGGAACUCGUGAGGGAUAUCAGACUGCACAGUAUGUUAAAACCCACUUUGAAAAUCUGGGCCUUGAGACCAAAGUUUCAGAGUACAAGGUCUUGUUGUCAUAUCCAGUGCAUCUUUCGCUCACAGCACAUUUUAGCAAUCUAGGCACGCGAGAAAUCGGGUUUCCAGAGGUGGGUUUUGAUGUAGUUCGACCAUACCACGCUUACUCGCCGUCAGGGAUGGCUGUAGGUAUGGCACUUUAUGUGAAUUAUGGGAGGGAGGAGGAUUAUCAUGUGCUGGAGGUGGCAGGGGUGAAUGCUAGUGGGUGUGUGGUCGUGGUUAGAAGAGGUGGGGGAAUGUCAAGAGGAGGGGUGGUGAGGGAGGCAGAAGUAAGAGGUGCGGUGGCAGUGCUAACAUACACCGAGGGAGAGUAUGCUAAGGGGGUGGAGAGAGGUACAGUGAUGAAGGGGUUAGGGGACCCACUCAGCCCUGGUUGGGGGAGUGUUGUUGAGGGAGGAGAGAGAUUGAAGAGAGGUGAUAAAGAUGUGGAAGACAGGUUUCCAAAGAUCCCAUCAAUGCCCAUCUCUUUGGAGACAGCUCAAGUUAUUUUAAGAUCACUUGAGGGGCCUCGGGGGCCACAAGAGUGGGAGGAUACCCUGAAAAAUAAUGGUGUUAGGAUUGGCCCUGGUCCUACUCUACUCAAUUUUACUUACCAGGGAGAGGAAAAAAGUGCCACAAUUCAUGAUGUUUUUGCUGUCAUCAGGGGAUCAGAAGAGCCAGACCGUUAUGUACUUCUUGGAAACCAUAGAGAUGCAUGGACAUUUGGUGCUGUUGACCCCAAUAGUGGAACUGCAGCCCUACUUGAUGUUGCUCGUAGGUAUGCCUUUUUGAUGCGCUUGGGAUGGAGGCCUCGCAGAACAAUUAUUCUUUGCAGUUGGGAUGCUGAAGAGUUUGGAAUGAUAGGUUCUACUGAAUGGGUUGAAGAAAAUAUCAUGAAUCUUGGUUCUAGGGCUGUAGCCUAUUUGAAUGUAGAUUGUGCAGUUCAAGGCCCUGGAUUAUUUGUGAGUACAACUCCACAACUGGAUGAUCUUCUCAUUGAUAUCACGAAGAAGGUUAAGGAUCCUGAUGCUGGAGACAAAACGAUAUUUGAACAAUGGACUGCCAGGAACAAAGGCAUCAAUAUCCAGAGGCUUAGCGGAGUGGACUCUGAUUUUGCUCCAUUCUUGCAGCACAUAGGUGUUCCUUCUGUUGAUAUAUACUAUGGGAAAGAUUUUCCAGUUUAUCACUCAGCUUUUGACUCAUACGAUUGGAUGAUAACUCAUGGGGACCCUUUGUUCCAUCGGCAUGUGGCUGUGGCGGGACUUUGGGGCCUACUAGCUCUUCGUCUGGCUGAGGAUCCGAUUCUUCCAUUCAAUUAUCGUUCGUAUGCAUUGCAGUUACAGGAGUAUACAAGUAGCUUGAGCAAUAUGCUGGAAGGUCGUGCGUCUAUUACCCCUAUUAUCACAUCUAUAAAGAAUUUGCUUGCAGUUGCACAAGAAGUUGGGGAAGAAGCAAAGAAACUCAGCGUGAGUGGGGCCUCUAUUGAUACUGGAGUGCUGAUGAGAAGAAUGUUAAACGACCGAUUGAUGCUUGCUGAAAGAGGUCUCUUAGAUGCUGAUGGGCUGCAAGGGAACCAGUGGUUCAAGCAUCUGGUUUAUGGACCUUCCAGCAACUAUGAAAGCAAGCUAGGCUUCUUCCCUUCUUUAGCUGAUGCUAUGUCUCAUUCAACACAAACAAAGAGAGGAAAUCAACCAACAAUCCAGCAUGAAAUUUGGAGGGUUGCCAGAGCUAUCCAAAGAGCAGCUGAUGCUCUGAAAGGAGACCUAAAUUAAACAUUUGCAGGCGAAGUUCACUAGACAUUUUUAACCAUUUGGCAGGUGAAACUACUGCUGUUACAAAUCUUACUCUGGACCUUCGUAUAGAUAAUGGCAUUUUGUGGUUUCAACAUAUGAGCAAGGGUCAGCCGAGCGCUACUUGAGCAUCACAUUUUGAGGUUGCUGUUAUAGUGACAGAGUUGCAGAUGAAGUGGGCAGGUCUGUCUUUUGGCUGUUGCUGCUGCUGGCGGGUGUAAGAUAUAUUAUUCCUCUAUUUUUCAGGCGAAAUGUAGUGCUAAUGCCUGCAAAUAAAUGAUAUAUCUUUUCUAUUGUACAUUUCCGCUGUUUCUGAAACGCGAGAUGCUUGCUUGAUUCCUACUGUAGUUUUAUAUAUGUAUCAAUAUUUUAACA